UAGUAACAUGUCUGUUUAUAUAUAGAGAUAUAGACAUUUUAUUUGGUAGAGCAUAAGAACACGAAAGUAUCAUCAGAACCAGAUCUGUCUUGUGUUUUUCAGUCAUUGAAAAGCCCCGACUUGUAGACAUCGCUUGAUCUUAAUGAGAAGGGCAUCUCACGUGUUAUUCAAUACUUUCAACCAGGAUUUUGGCUGCUUUGUAUGUGGAUUGGAUGAUGGUUUUCGGAUUUAUAACACCGAUCCGUUGAAGCAAAAUUUUAAUGAAAAACUGAAUGGUGGUAUUGGAGCAGUGGAGAUGUUAUUUCGCUGCAAUUACGUAGCACUUGUUGGCGGAGGUGUAACACCUGCUUUUUCAACAAAUAAAGUGGUAAUUUGGGAUAUUAUCAAUCAUAGAGAAGUGGUUCACUUAGAGAUGAAUAGUGAUGUACGAGCAGUACGUUUACGUCGCGAUCGUAUUGUAGUGGUCCUCGACACAUCCGUUCACAUUUUUAGUUUCACAGAUCAACCUGAAAAAUUGCAAGUGUAUGAUUCAAGCAGAAAUCCACGUGGGAUAUGUUGUUUAUGUCCAGCAUCAGAGAAAUUCUCUUCUUGCUUUUUCCUGCUACCCUCUUCGUCGUCGGCAGUUUGCUGUGUAACACUGACCGAACCAGAUGCUCUACCAACAUCAGAGAAUUCUCUUCUUGCUUUUCCUGCACCCUCUUCGUCGUCGGCAGUUUGCUGUGUAACACUGACCGAACCAGAUGCUCUACCCAAAGUAAUCAAUGCUCAUCAAAGACCACUAUCCGCUAUUGCACUUAAUCUUACCGGAGAACAGUUAGCGACAUCUUCUGAAAAAGGCACUAUAAUAAGAAUUUUUGACACCAAAACUUGUCUUUUGUUGAAAGAAUUGCGGCGUGGGACGAAUCCUGCUUCUAUAUAUUGGUAUUAUUUGUUUCGAUGCUCAGUGUCCUUAUGUUCAAGUUUUUAUUUGGAAGAUAAAAUCUGGCAAGACAAUGAACGUAUUUUUGCUUCCAGCAUCAGUUUCUCAACGGACUCAACAAUGUUGUGCGUAUCUAGCAAUCAUCAUACUGUUCAUUUGUUUUCUUUGGCUAUGAAGAAGAAAAAAGUGCCGCUGGGAAAGUUGAGUUUUUCUGGUGAAGUCAGCGUCUCUCGUUUCCGAUUACCUUUUCCAUUUAAAGACAAGGAUUCCUGUAUAUGCGCUUUUGGGCCACAGCCCGACUCUGUUAUUGGUUAAAGUUUUUUCAUUAAUUGAGUCUUUCGUAAGGCACUGUUAAACUACCAGCUUAAAUGUUGAAGACGAUUGAAUUCCGUCGAACUCAAAACACCCCUACAUAAUUUGCA